GGAGGGAGCGCAUCUGCAGCUCAGAGCUGCUGCGACAGGUCACUUGUCCACAGCAGGAGAAGCUUCUUCACUUUGUCUGCAGAAGAUCCGCAGCUGACAAGAUGCCAAAGUGCCCGAACUGCCAGAAGGAAGUUUACUUCGCUGAGAAGGUGACGUCCAUGGGGAAGGACUGGCACCGGCCCUGUCUGAAGUGUGCUAAGUGCGCCAAGACUCUGGUAUCGGGCUCACACGCAGCGCGUGAAGGAAAGCCUUACUGCCACAACCCCUGCUACAGCAGCCUGUUCGGACCCGGUGGUUUUGGCCACGGAGGAGCCGAGAGCCACAAAUAUUAACCGACAGGUUCAGACCUGGCAGUGAAUAUUGUUGCUUGGAAACUCGAUGGAAAACGCCAGCUUGAUGACGACUCCCAGUAAAAACCAGCAAACAAGCCGUGCUCUGAUUUAGAGGAAACAUUUGGAGUGUCUGUGUUUUCAUUCAUAAUACAGUCAUGAAGAAGUCGUCCUCGAGUCUCUUCCUGUUCGAAAUGUGGACAUUUUGAUUAAACUUUUUUAAAACUUG